GCAACUCGUUGCUUCCCAUGUUGUGAUCACAGAGCAGUGAUGGCGGCCGCCGAGAAGAGCACGAAGGAGAAGCUGCUGUCAUUUCUGGAUGAUGUGGAGGUUCUGUCCAGAGAAUUGAUCGAACUUUUGGCACUUUCACGGAACCAGAAGCUAAAUCAGCCUGGGGAAGAAAAUCAAAUUUUGGAGCUUUUAAUACAGCAGGAUGGAGAGUUUCAGGAACUCAUGAAGGUGGCAUACAGUCAGGGCAAGAUUCAUCAAGAGAUGCAGCUUUUGGAGAAGGAAGUUGAGAAAAGAGACAGUGAUAUCCAGCAACUACAGAAACAGCUAAAAGAGGCAGAACACAUACUGGCUACAGCAGUAUACCAAGCAAAAGAAAAGCUGAAAUCUAUAGACAAAGCAAGAAAAGGUGCCAUCUCGUCUGAGGAACUGAUUAAAUAUGCCCAUCGGAUUAGUGCAAGCAAUGCAGUGUGUGCUCCACCAACAUGGGUUCCAGGGGAUCCACGUCGCCCUUACCCUACAGAUUUGGAGAUGCGGAGCGGAUUAUUGGGUCAGAUGAGUAACCUACCUACAAAUGGUGUUAAUGGGCAUUUGCCUGGGGAUGCGCUGGCAGCAGGGAGACUACCAGAUGUCUUGGCUCCCCAGUACCCAUGGCAAUCGAAUGACAUGUCAAUAAACAUGUUACCGCCAAAUCACAGCAAUGACUUCUUAAUGGAAUCUCUGGGGCCCAACAAAGAGAAUGAAGAUGAUGUUGAAGUGAUGUCUACAGACUCCUCCAGUAGCAGCAGUGAUUCAGACUAAGCUAUAUACAGAAUGCAAACGUUGCUUGUGUUGGGAAAUGCAUACAUCCUGGCUCUUCUAUUGACGGAAACUGAACUUUUUCCUUCUUGACCCACUUGCUCUGUUCAAUGAACUGGGAAAUUUUUGUAAUUUUCAUUAUGUUUUAGUGGAAUUUGUAAUUUUUGUAUACAUGAGGGGCUUUAUUUUGUCAUGUAUUUGUUUUUGUCCCAUUAUUUGCCAUUUUAUAUUUCCAUAAAUGGUCUUUGUUACCCACUAUAUUUCUGUAGCAAGAACACAUUGGCACCACUGUUAUUGUAUAUAAGUUCCUGUGCAUACCUGUGUGUAUGUAAUAUAGGUUUGUGUUUACACAUGGUGGUAUGCUUGUAUAUGCUAAAGUGUACAUACUGACAAUGUGACAUUUCUAAAUAUACAUUUUUGUAAUGUAA